GAUUGAGGGAGGAGACGAGGGGGAGCGGCGGACACCGGACUCCAGGCCAGAGAGACUAGUUACUGAGCCUCGUUGGCUGGGUCUCACACUCCGUGCGCAUAUGGCCCGCUCAAACCACCCUCCCCUGUCCGCCAUCCUUCCCUUGGGGCUGCUCUUGGGUUACUGCGGCCUCUUCCCGGGACCGGCUUGUGCUCAGAACGCUGGGUUUGUCAAGUCACCUAUGUCAGAAACUAAACUAACGGGUGAUGCCUUUGAGCUAUACUGUGAAGUGGUCGGAUAUCCUACCCCUGAGAUCCAGUGGUGGUAUGCUGAAGUGAAUCGGGCUGAAUCUUUCAAACAGCUGUGGGAUGGUGCCAGGAAACGUCGGGUCACCAUUGGCGCAGCGUAUGGAGCAAAUGGGGUGAGUGUGCUGAGAAUAACACGGCUGACUCUGGAGGAUUCUGGAACAUAUGAGUGCCGGGCAAGCAACGAUCCUCGGCGCAACGACCUGAGACAAAAUCCAGCCAUGACAUGGAUCCGAGCCCAGGCCACCGUAAGCGUCCUUCUGAAGCCCAAGAUCAGUGCCACUGAGGAAAUAACCAUAAAGAAAGAUACCACACCAACACCUAUUUUCUUGCAGUGUAACCUCACUGUAACUUCGAGCCAAGGUGAACUAGAAAGUGUCUACUGGACAAAAAAUGGCUUGGAGGUUCAAGACACGCGCAAAAACUCUCCUGAAUUUGUCAUGGAGCUGAAGAUCGCAAAGCCAAAGGCAGAUGACUCUGGAGAAUAUAUGUGUGUGUUCACCUUCAAAAACAAUUCCCCACCAGCCAAUGCUACUAUUGAAGUGAAAGCUGUUCCAGAAAUUAGUGGUCAUAAAAAAAGUGAAAACAAAAAUGAAGGACAAGAGGCUAUACUCUACUGCAAAUGUGUUGGAUACCCACCUCCAGAUUGGACGUGGUAUAAGAUAACUGAUGGAGGUCUAACGGAGGUCAACAAUGCAAGUGGACGCAUCUUUAUUACCAACAAAGAUAACAAUACAGAGCUGAGAAUCAUUAACCUGGAUAUCAAUAAUGACCCUGGCACUUACCUUUGUAAUGCCUCCAACACUGUUGGCUCAGACAACACCACCACCAUCUUGCGUGUACGCAGUAAUUUAGCACCUCUGUGGCCCUUCUUGGGUAUUGUUGCAGAGAUUGUUAUCCUGGCUGUCGUUAUUGUGGUGUAUGAAAAGCGCAAGAGGCCGGACGAGGUGCCAGACGAUGACGAACCAGCUGGACCAAUGAAAAGCAACUCUACAAACAACCACAAAGACAAGAACCUGAGGCAAAGGAAUACAAAUUAGAAAACCCUAGGUGCACCAUCAGAUUUGAAUUAGUCUUUACCUACCUGCGUUCUUUGAUCCCAUGAAACAAGAGAGGGAUUUAAAGACUACUCAAAACAGUCUGUGGAGGUUUCUAUAUUAAUGUGCCUGGGUUCGCUAACAGAAGAACUUUGCUCUACAAUUUAAUCUGCUUGUUCCUCUAUGGGUCUGCUCCUUUAAUGCUGCUUCCCUCCUAAUAUUCAGAGCUUUAUGGAUUUGGCCACACUUCAACUGAACAUCCAUCUGAAGAGCUGAUUCUGAAGUCAAACUUUAGAUUUCUUCAGUAUCCCUUUUUGUAUAUGUUGUAUCGCAACUGAAGUUACCAAACCAUUUCUUAAGCAUGCCUUAUACCGCCUCUGAGAUGACAGAAUGGAUGAAGCGUUGAAGAUCUGCAGUUUAAGAGUGCGUACAGCUAUGUGCUGAAUCUAAAUAUUCCACUACAACUUGAUAGACCUUAAUGAGCCUUCCAAACAUGUGGUUGAGGACAACUGAGAUGUUCUGCAUGCAGCAUUAGUUAUGUUUGUAUGAUUUUGUCUGCAUUUUUAAUGUUUUUAAUGUAGUUGUGCUGAAUUUCCAAAACCCUUAAUGUAUACUGAUGCUUUAUCCCAAUCACCCAUUUCAGUGCACAAAUUCCUCAAGUGCAUGCACAGAUUGUGCUUAUAGCAGCUUUUACUACUGAUAGACAAAAGUUUAUAUAGGGUAGCUCAUAAUGCUCCAUGUAUGUGGCACCAAAUAGAACCACAUGCUUUUUAGUACUUCACAUUUAGGUUGUUAUGAAUGAUAUUCCUUGCCCCAGUAUCACACUUCCCUUUUCCAAAUUUCCAGCACUUUCGCACAGCAAGGGAUUAACAAUCGCACCCUUUCUGAGAACCUAGGCUUAUGCCCCCAAACUGCAGGUUGCAGUCACCCAUUUUCCUACCCAGAAACGUUCAGCAUCUUUGGUUAGUAUAUCUAGGCAGAUAAACCAUUCCUUUUAUUGAGGUUUAGUCGAAAGCUUUUGCUUGUUUUGUUGGUGAUCUUAAUAUAAUUCCCGCAGCUAGUUAAGAAAAGUCAGCGACUAUAUUAGGCAGGGUGCUUUAGAACUGGUCUUAUAGUUGAAUCAUGUAUAUUCUGAAAUCCUUUUUGCACUGUUAUGCCCAACAUGUACAUUCAUGCAGAAAAACUUUUUAUAAUUUAUAUAUAUAUAUAUUUUUCUUCUCAACAGGGUUUGUGUUUUAAUUUGGAUUGUUUUAAAGAUUAUUUUGCUUUUUUGGUCAUAGCAUGUUUAUAUUCUAUGCAACUAGAUUUAUAUAUGUGUGUAUAUCAAAGCUGUAAUAUCUUUAAGGGGCAGAGGGAGCUCUUCUAGUUGCAUGAUCCUGUGGAUUAUUCUGUAUUUGCAGUGUGAUAAUGUGUGCAGUAAAUACACCUGUUAAACAUAACAUCAAUAAAACCAAUAAUAAAUAAUUAUUUGCAUCUUA